AGGAGCCAGAGGAAAAGGAGGAGGAGGAAGAGGAGGAGAGGAGAAGAACAUGAGGAAGGUUCAGCUGUCAGCCCCCCCACUCCCUGUAGCCCCGCCCACCUGUCGCGUGUCACUUCCUCCUCAGACAGUGAGGACUUGGCCCCACCCCCUCUGUCCUCUGGCUCCAGCCAAUCAGAGCAGAGGAAGAGGAAGCCCAGAGGGAGAGAGGAGCCAGAUGAUGAAGAGGAAGAGGAGGAUUCUGGGAGGUUUGUGGGCCGGAUGGCGUUCUCCUCCCGAGGGGGGGGGCAGGAGGGGGGGCUCACUCUGCACCGGUUCCCCCACAGGAACCAGCGAAGAAGAGAGGGGGGGGCAGCCGGCCAAUCACAGAAGGAUGUGAGCGUGGUCCGGCAGAACGGUUACACGAGCUCCUUUUCCCAGCAUGCCUUGCUCCUGCAGCCAGCCCAGAGCCAAUCAGAAGCUCUGGACGUUUCUUCGGGACGAUGGCGUUUCUGUGACGUCCCGCCUCCUCUCGCCCUCUCCUCCAAUCACGAGGCUCUCCACAUCUGGCGCCUGGUCUCCUUUAGCCCCGCCCCCAUGCUGCGGCUCUCAGCGGUUGCCGUGGAGACGCUGUCGGAGCUACUGAGGGGCGGGGCUUGUGUGCGUCCGCUGAGACCGCUGAGAGACUGGACGGCCCCGCCCAGCCUCAGCAGUGACCACUGUUACGUGCGAACGGCUAAACCGAGUCCAGCCUUUUCUGCCCGGCGACAGCAGAAACAGAGAGCCAAUCACAGCUCCCGGAGCCUCCACCCCCCCUGGCGACGGCCCCUCCCCCUGCCCCUGUGUUCAGCCAAUGGCCUGUCUGCUCCUCUGGCCGUCGUCCAAUCAGCAGCCAGCUCCCAGUUCCUCAGCUCAAAUGAAGAGCGAGGGAAACGAGUCUCUCAGAUACGAAUCCGCCGGGCGUCGCCGCGGGAAACGCCGCUGACCCCGAUGGGACUACCAAAGGUCAAAAGGUUAAAGAAGAAGGAGUUCAGUCUGGAGGAGAUUUACACCAACAAGAACUACAAAUCCCCCUCCACCAACAGGAGUCUGGAAACGAUCUUCGAGGAGCCUCGGGAGAAGGACGGAGCGCUGCUCCUGAUUGGCCAGCAGAGAAGGCGCAGGCUCCUCCUCUUCCCCGACUUCACGCAGCCGCGGAAGAGGAAGAGGGCGGGACUUCCUGUUGCCAUGGCGCCCAGGAAGCGGGUGGCGGCGCGGCGCCACGGCAACGGGGACGGAGAGGACGCAGACGCUGACGUGAUGCUGCUGCAGCGACUCAGCGCGCUGGAAGACUUCCUGACGCAGCAGGGCCUGGACCUGUGACAUCACUUCCUGUCAGCUGACUGGAGGCUGCUCGCUGCU